AUGAUGCUGCUGACCUUGAUUGAGAAACACGGGGGUCCCAAAGCUUGUACACGACAAACUAGAUUGAUCCAUAAGCUUGCUGGGGAGUAUCCAGAAUUGUUCGGUGUCACGGGCUCCAUUCGUCGCAGUAGAACAAAGUACCUUGUCGAUCGUUGGAAGAGAGACCAUGACUUCGGCACAACUAGAUCUAACCUUGUGGCUUGCUUCGAAAAUGAAAAUCGUGGUUCUUUGCAGUGUCCCUUGGAAGAAACUGAAGUCGAAGACAACGUCGCCACCGAGGAGACCAUCGAAGAGAAGAAACCAAAAGCCAAAUUGAAACCAAAGCCGGACAAAGUUCCCUCUGCCACAACACGCAGUAGUACCAACAGACCAACCAAGCGACAGCCCAAGGCUCAACCAGACAAGCCAAUGUCGUCCAAUCUUGCUAGCCCUUUGAAAUUGCUCCGUGCUGCCGGAACACAGAAAGGCCCAUCCUCCGACAAAACUUUUUUGGAGCAGGCCACGGGAAACGAUGGAUGGUUGACAAAGCUCAAGAGUAUUGAAGACCGCUUUGAUGCUGCCAAACUCCAUACCUCGCUUACCUCCUUAGUCACCAAAAUGAAGAAGAAAAAUCGUCUCAAGACUACCCACAUCAGCUUGAACAGUAUUGGUGUCGAGGUCUCCAACGAGUUUUUUUCUCCCGGUUGCCCCGAAGGAAAGCUGAAGAUGCUUCCACUCCCUUACAAGGUGACCGGCAGAAACGGAGAAACUUCAACAAAGAUCACUGUAGUGUGGAGAGCCUUCAUCGUUGGAACACUUGAUGACGUCGAUGAGGACGUUGAGCAGCAGAAGGGUGAUGAGGAUCUCUUGAAUGAGCUGUUGGCCCAAGCAGUCUCGAUUUCUCGUCCUGUGCCUCCUCAACCACCAAAGAGACCAAAGAAGGAAAAGACACGUAAACCAAAGCCACCGGCACCACCAGCACCACCAAAGCCACUGCCACCGAUUCCUCCCAAACCCAUCGUCGAUAUGGAUAAGAUCCUCACGGAAAAGGAAAUGAUCAGGCACAUGGCGCGGUUGAAUAUGGCUCGAAGCUAUCUUGAGGGAGAGUUUCAGGCGAAAAGUGAAGCAGGAGACGAAACGGACACAAUUGAACAAAUGUUAGCAGACCUGGAAUCAUUCGUAAAGGAAAACGAAGCAGAGCUUGAUAAAAUCCUUGAUGCCGAUGGAGAGCCAAACGAUGACAUGGACGUAGACAAAGAAAAUAAAAAGCGAGGUCUAGGAGAUGACGACAGUGAGCUGGAUGAGGAACUGGAAGAGCUUCUUCGCGAUUACUAA